GUCCCACUUGGCUUUGCAGAAAAGAUUUGCUGAGACACACUGCCAUAGAAAUUUUUAUAAUAAAGCUCUCUGUUUCAAAUGGUUCCUACAUGCGCAAACACCCUCCACCUAAGGUACCUUGAGUCCCAGAAAGGCCGAAGCAGGGACACUGCAAAAAGGUGGCAGUAUCCCACCCAGGAUUUCAGCUCCAAAUGGGAAAAAAGUGUCCUGCAGCCUCCCCAACCUGAAAUGAAAGUUGACACGUGGGCAAUAAAGCCUCCUGAUUUCAGUUAUAAACUGUAUACAUCUUUGAGCUUUCCAGAAAAACCAUCAAGGACUGUGAAGGAAGAACAAAGGAGGAAAAAAAAAAGCAAUUUUCCAGAAACAAUGUUUCACUUGCCUAGCAUGAGCAAUCACCCCAAGCAGGCCAGAUCUCCUAAAUUUAUAACUACAUUCCCACAUCUGGAUUCAUAUAAAGCAAAGCUAUUGUAUGUGGAGAGUGGAAAAUAUCCGAAUGGCAUAUACCUCAAUCCGAAACCACAUGACUUUCGACAGUACCAACCUAAUUUACCAAACUUUGUGACAACUUGUGAAAGGGACCCUUUUGGAUUAAAAUUUAAGUCACAACACUUAAGUACAGUACAUAAGGACCAGUGGCUGAAGGAUGAUAAACAAAAGAACAAUACAGAAAGAGUCAUCACCUACAAGCUUCGUGAAUGCAAAUGGGAUUCAAAGCUAAUUUUACCAAAAGCACCAUGGCCCAUUAAAUCUGCUUCCUAUACGAGACAUAGAAGGCAGCGAGAUGUGUACAGUGCAUUUAUGGAUCGUGUGGAAGAAAAGUUUACUAAGACAUGUAAGAACAGGUCUCAGGGAAAUUGUGGAAAACUUCCUGUGGUGAUGUCACAGUUCCAGGUUUCACACACUAUCGUUGCCCCCUAUAUCUCUUCAGUCUUUCUCAUUCCAGAAUAUUCCUGCCUAACUUCGUCCAGCCGGCAGCUGCAUCUCUUUGCCUGAGGGCUCUCUCUGGCUGUUAAAGCUGCACACAGCAGGACACAAGGGCUGGGGUUUUAAUGUCUCCCAGCAGCUGCUUUCAAGCAGUUACUAAGGAGAUUGUUUCCCAACCUUCCCCAAGGGGGUUUGACUCCAGGUGCCCCAGUAGUUAACUUGCACUUUGUUGGUUUCUUUUUCCUCUCUCACUUGUCUGUAUUCUUACAUUUGGGGGUUUUGCUGUGGUUUCCCUAGAAUCCUUGUUAAGUGCUUCUGGGGAAACAUAAAUCAAGACACCAGAAGGCAGUAUCAUGAUCUCAGAAGACAGAAAGCCUGGCUUCAAAUCCCAGCCUUGCCACGUACUAAUGGGCAAAUUACUAAACUAUAUUCUUUCUCAUUCUUCACCUGUAAAAUGAGAAUAAGGUGUUCUAUCCUUAGACAGACAAGGGGGUUCUGAAUUACAUUAUGUCUUAUAGCUUCUCUUACCAUUUUUGAUUCACUUGUCAAUGUCAUUACAAGAAGUGGGU